AUGGAGAACAUGCUCCGUGCCGUGGAGCCUUACAUUGCGUACGGCUACCCUUCCCUGCGCACGGUCCGUGCGAUGGUGUACAAGCGUGGGCACCUGAAGGUCAACGGCCAGCGCGUGAAGAUCGCCGACAACAAGAUGAUCAAGGACAAGUACAACAACGAGGACAUUGUUUGCGCCGAGGACAUCGUGAACCAGAUCUACACCGCGGGCAAGCACUUCCGCACCGUGACGAACGGAAUGUGGCCCUUCAAGCUGUCGCCGCCCACCGGUGGCAUGCGCCAGAAGCGUCGCCACUUUGUUGAGGGCGGUGACUACGGCAACCGCGACACCCUCAUCAACCGUUUCCUCGCCCGCAUGAUUUAA